AUGAGUUCAGCGGGAGCGGAUUCAUCUGUAGCGUCUGAUGGAGCCGAGACUGCAAGGGCUAGGAAGACGUACACAACCAGUCAGCUGCAGUCUUUCUCGGAGUUCCCGAGGUGCAAGGAACCGCCUUCAGGGUUCGAUCCGUCGCCAUGGAGGGUAUUGAUGCAGGGAUUUGUUCCGGUCCCUCAAGGCGUUCAUGGGCCACCUCGCCGCGACUGGAACAACCGGGCAUCUGACGCCAGCAGCAGCUGGAGAGCAGGCGGCGCAGGGGGGCCAGGCGCAGGCGCAGGCGGAGGCGCGGGAGGAGGCGGAGGCGCGGGAGGAGGCGGAGGAGGGGGAAAAGCUGACGGCACUGCUGGCGGUUCUGGCGGUGAUUUCGGUCCUGGGACCAGGCCGUACGGUGGUGCCUACGGUGCUUCGCAUGCUGGUCCGCAUGGGGGAUCGUAUGGUAGGCCGUACGGCCCACAUCACAGCGGCUCCAUCCCAGGGUCUGUUACCAGCGCAGCCAGUAACGCGUAUGGCCCGGAUAAGCCAAGCAGUGACGGGGCUCCUCCGGGGUUUGACGGGUCUGGCCCGGGGUAUGGGCUCAGGAGCAGGUACCAACCCGCAGGGAUGCUUGGCAGGGGCGAGAGAGGAGGAGGAAGCGGGGGCGGCAGGGGGUGGGAACGAGGCGGAGGAGAGAGGGGAGGGGGGUAUGGGCGGGGUAUGGGGGCGCGAGGGUUUGGGGGUGGUAUGGGGAGGGGGGGAGGAGGAGGCGAUGGUGGAUAUGCCGGUUCUGCGCCCAGACAGAGGCCAGGAGGAGAGGAUGGCUCUGCUCGCAAGCCGUACGUGCCGGGGGCGCCGCUGAUGGUGGAGGACUCGUUCAACGACGAGACGUUCGGAGGGAGCAGCAGAGAUGCCCGGCGGAUGGAGGAAGAGAAGAGGCGCCGCGAGGAGUUCGAGCAGUUCCGAAGGGCGCAGCACCAGAAGCAGGGAGGCCCACCGCAACCACCGGGAUUCCAGGCACCCUCCUCCCUCACCUCCACCACCACCACAGCCGCUACAGCCGCCGCAGGCACAGCAAGCUCAGGAGCCCCUCACAGGGCGCCGCUGUCUCAGGCAGAGCUGCAGCGCAGGAGGCACGACGAGGACUCUCUCUGGGACGCCCCUGCUCUCUCAGCAGAGCAGCAAGGGCGUUCCGCGUAUCAGAACCUCGCAGCAGCCGAAGAGGAGGACGACUCAGAGCCCCUCGCAUCGCCCCGUGCCACAGAGGACUCAAAUUUGGGUGUGAAGGAUGUGCAGUCAGGGGGGGCAUUGGCAGCAGCGCUGGCGCCGUCUGUGGCGGCGCUCAUGGGCCUGGCGCCCGCAGCUCCGCCUGGCUUUCCCGCUGCUGCUGCGCUGGGGGUGAGUGCAAAUGUACCUGCACCUGCUGCUGUUGCUGGUGGUGCGCCUGGGGUGGGUAGCUCUGGCGGAGGGGGCGAGGGAGAGAAUCUGGUGGCGUGGCUGGGAGGAAUCAUGGCUGGAGCAGGCGCUGGUGCGGGUGCUGGUGGAGGCGCAAGUGUUGGUGGCAGUGCUGGUGCUGGGGGAACGUCGGUGGCGCACCUUUUGAGUGGGCUUGCUCCGCCUGGGAUCCCUCCCGCCUCUGCGUCUCUCUCGCUGGAGGACGUGGAGAGGGAGUUGCAGCAGUCAGCGCGUGGGGAUGUAGUCAAGGAUCAAGUCAAGGAAGACCGUGAGCGUGAACCCAACACGGCCGCGGGCGUGCUUGCGUUGAGUGACGAGAGGGGUGGUGUUGAUGUGGGGAAGGGAGGAGGAGGGGAGGCAGGGCAGCGUCUUUCUGUGAACGAUCUGUUUGCUGGCUCUGGGUUGGGGUCUGGGUUGUUGGUGGCAGGGGUUGAGAGCGCAGCAGGAAGAGGAGAAAGAGGAGGAGGAAGUGGAGGAGGAGGAGGAGACACGUUGGGUGGGUGGCCAGCAGCACUGUCGGGACGUGUGGCUCUUGCGUCAGACCUUGAGGCAGAUGCUGGGGUAGGCUCAUCUGGGAUGGAUUCUGUUGCGGCUCUGAGCGAUCCUGCUAAAGUGGAUGCUGUGGAUAAUGCUGCAGUGGGAGUGCUGGUAAAUGCUGCUGUGUCACCCUUCCCCGCCCACCCUCCUAUCCCUGAAGGGUCUACCUCCCCCAGCUGGUCCCUGCCUCCAGAAUCAUCCCUCUUCGGUCCCUCCCCAGACAAGCAAACCAGAUCAUCUGCAGAAGUAGAAGCAGAAGCCUUUACAGAUGCUACAGCUGCGGCUAUUGCUCCUGAUUUGCUGCUUGAUGCCUCGACUUCUUCAGCUGCUGACGCCACCUCGGCUCUUUCCAAGCUGCUCACUGGCGGUGGCAACAGUUACAGUAGCAGCAGCAGCACAGGCACAGGCACGGGCAUGGGCACAUGCACGGGCUUAGGUACCGGCGCUGGAUUUCAGCAGAGGGGCAUCUGGGGCGGGAUGGGCUUUGGAGCGCUCUUGGCUGGGGGUGCAACUGGCACCUCAGCGUUCUCCACCGGUCAAACCAGUCAACCCGGUCUUGAUUGGUCUUCUGGGCCUCUUGGCUCUGGAGCAGCGUGGGGAGCAGCAGGAUCGGGGAAAGGGUUUGCGGAGGGCAAGGCAGGGAGGGAUUGGGGCAGUGCGGAGGGUUCUGCGAGCAAGAGUGGGGGGAAAGAGAACGGGCUUGACUCGUCUUUGGCUUCUUCUGCUGCCGCUGCUGCUGCUGCGGAGGCUGCUGCCGGUGCUGCUCUGUUGUGGGGUGGAGGGGGAGUGGGGGGUGGAACACCAGAGGCUCUGCUGGAGUUGAUGCGAGGGGAGAAGAAGGGGCAGCAGGCAGGUGGUAGUGGUGGUGUGAUGGAUGAGAGCUCUCGGGAGGGGUUAUCUGGGUUUGUCGGGAAUGGAGUGAGAGGAGGGAGGGAGGGCAAGGGCGGGAGUGGUGACUCGAUGAGUGGGAGUAGUGUGUCGCUUCUGACGCAGCUGUUCACGAAUCCCAAGAGCUACGAAUCGAGCACGUUGGGAGAGGGCGAGACGCUGGGGGCGAGGCUGGCAAGCAUUCAGAGUGCCCUGCACCAUGCCACAGCAGCACAACAACCGGCAGGCGCACAGGCAUCACUCCCAUCAGCCCACGAUGCAGCAGCCAUCGAGUCACUCUUGGAGGCACCCUCUCAACAAGCUGCUCCUUAUUUCUCUCUCUAUCACCCCCUUCGCCCCUUAUCCAAUCCCUCUUUCCCCUUUGGCCCCUUAGCAGGCACGCAGGUAUCACUGCCUUCUGCCCACGAUGCAGCAGAAAUCGAGUCACUCUUGGAGGCUCUCUCCCAGCAAGCUGCUCCCACCGCUGCUGCAGCUGCAGCAGGCAGGGGAACAAUCGCUGCAGCCGCUGCUGCUGCGCCCACCUCCACCACUGUGGUAACCAGCGGUAACAGCAGCAACGCCGCUGGUGGCGGCGGCGGUGGCAGCAGCGUUGGUGCUGGCUUUGGCAGCGGUUUUGAGAGCAGGAGCAUACCCCUCUCUACCCUCUUUUCUCCCAAUCAAACCUCAUCUUCAGCGUCCGUGCCUAUGGCUUCUCAACCGGCAAGCACCAGGGGCAGCACCAGCAUUGACAGCGCCACCAAUCACAGCAGGGGCGGAAGGGCAGCAGCAGCAGCAGCAGGGCCUUGGCACCAGCCUGGGCCGCACUCGUCUGCUGCUGCCCUAAACCUUGGAAACAUGCCUCUGCCCGUGCCUCUGCCCAUGCCUGUGGGUCCGAGUCUGGAAGACAUUGAGAGAGGGGAAGGUGGGACUGGUGGCGGUGCUUCUGGGAUCUCUCUGCCGUUUCCUUUCCCUGUGUCCUCCCAGGGUCGAUCAGGCCAGUUCUUGGAAGCAGAGCAAGGUGCGGGCUUGGAAGGGAAGGUAGGGAAUGAGGGAGGGGCCAUGAGGGCCAUGCGAACCAUGCGAGCCAUGCCAGCCAUGCCAGCCAUGCCAGGGGCGGUGCAGUGGCAGAGCUUGGAGGAGAUUGAGGCGUCAAUGCUGCAGUCAGCCGAGGGGCAGGGGCAGGGGCAGGGGCAGGGGCAGGGGCAGGGGCAGGGGCAGGGGCAGGGGCAGGGGCAGGGGCAGGAUGAACGCUUGGAAGCUUCUAGCUCAGGAAACCCUCAUCCGCCUGGUUUGGGGCAGCUGUUGGUGCCUGGUCUGCUGGCUGCCACGGGCCAAGUCGGGGAUGGGUCUGGCAGUGGUGCGCCGGGAGGGUCCUCUGCUGCUUCUAUGCAUCUGCUGUCGCUGCUGACUGGUGGGGCACAGGAAGAAGCAGGAGGUGGGAGAGAUGAAGCAGAAGCAGCUGAUGGUUUUGUUGCUGGCACUGGAGGUUCCGUGGCGUUGGGGGCACAUGAGGGUAAGGGCAGCGCCACUGGUAGUGGUGGCUGUGGCAACGGGCAUGUGCAUGGGCGGGUGGGUGUGCAUUCAGAUGCAGAUGCAAAUGCCGAUGCAAAUGGUGGUGUUGAGAUUGCUUGUGAAAAGGAUGGGAAAUUACCUGUUGCUGCUUCUGCGAAGGAGAUGGCAGCAGGUGUGGAUAAGCAGAUAGCAUCAGACACUGAUAAGCAGAAAGAAGCAGGCGGUGGUGAUAAGCAGAGUGCAGCAGCAGAUGCUUGUGAGGCCGCAAAUGCAGGCAGUAAGAGCGGGGAGAAGAAGGGUGAUAUGGAAGCAGGCAAAAUGGUGAGUGAACAACGCUCGUGUGAGGGAAUCCCAGUUGUAGCAGCAAAGGCAGAUGGUGAAGAUACCACACCAGCAGCAGAAGAAUCAGCAGCAACAGCAGGAGCAGCAGCCACAGCAGCAGCAACAGCAGCAGCAGGAGUAGAAGAGCGAGGGGAGGGAGAAAGAGACGGUAACAGCUCUGUAGAUGCACUGCAAGGGAGGAAGGAGAUGGCGAAGCAAGAGCCUCGGCAGCAGCAGGUGCAGAAGCCUGGUAUUGUGAAGCGGCUGUUUGGGUUCUUCCAGAGCAACCCCGCCCCUCCCGCACAACCUGCUGCUGAUUCUGCUGAUGCUGAUCAUUCUGCUGCUGCUGAGGAGGAGUCAACGCAGGUGGGCAAGCAAACGUCAGUCGGGGAUAGCAACGAGCAAAGGGAUGGAAAGGGCGGGGAGUUUGCUCUUAGGGGGGAAAGCGAGAGAAAGGAGGAGCAGGAGAAGGGUGCCAGUGAAGGGAACACGCUAAGCAGCAGCAGUGAGUGUGUGGGUGAUAAGAGGGCAGUGGUUGCUGACAAUGGUGGGGUGCACAAUGGUUCUGAGGCGGUACAGAUGGGUGGAGAGGAAGGGAAGUCGUGCGAUAAUGCAGGAAAGGAAGGGGGAUUGGGGGAGCAGAAGGAGAGGGGUGGAAAGGCAAUCGUGCAAGAUACGGGCAGCCAAGACAAGCAAUUGAACAAUUAUAACACGGAAGAGCAAAACCAGGAGCAGGAGCAGAAGCAGCAGCGGGAACAGCAGCAGCAGCCUUCCUCUCCUCCCUCCCUCCCCAUGCCGUUCCCAGUGCACCCAUCCAUGUCCCCCUCUCCACAGCCCCAUCCUCCACCUAUGCAUUCUCUCCCACACACCAUGCACUCGCCGCAACCCAUGAUGAUGCACCCAUUCCAGCAACAGCCGCCCUUCACUCACAUGCUUCAGAAGACAGGUGAUUCCCGCCCACAUGCUGUGCCCGGUAGUUCUCUACCGCCCUGGCUCCCAGUCGAGCCAGGCCGACCUCCCGCUUUUGAGUCGACUCAAAAGCAGAAGGCAGGUGAUUCCCACCCACAUGCUGUGCCUGGUAGUGCCCUCCCGCCCUGGCUCCCAGUAGAGCCAGGCCGACCUCUUGAUUACCAGCAGCAGCAACAGGACCACCAGCAGCAGCAGCACCACCAGCACCAGCAGCAGAACCAGCAGCAGCAGCAGCAGCAGCAGCAGCAGCAGCAGCAGUACCACCAGCAGCAGCAGCAGCAGUACCAGCAGCAGCAGCAGCAGUACCAGCAGCAGCAGCAUCAGCAGCAGCAACAGCAGCAGCAGCAGAAUCAGCAGCAGCAGCAACAGAUGCCUCCCCAUGCACCUAUCCAACAUCACCCCGGGCUCAACCCCUCUCCCUUCCCUCCUGGCAUGCCAUUCCCCACCAUCCCGCCGCCAGGUCUCCCCCCUCCUGGCAUGUACCCACAUCCCAUGCUUUCCCAUGCCAGAGGCCCAUUCGCGUUCCUGCCCCACCACUUAUCUCCGCAUCCCCCCAACCACUCUUCCUCCUCCCCUUUCUCCUCCCCUCCCCCGUUCCCUGGCGCCCACCCCGCUGACCGCCCCCUUCUGCACUUCUUCCCUCCCCCUGGCGGUUCCCCCAGUCGGCCCCCCCACGGCCCCCUUCCCCCUCACGAGUUUCCUCCUCACAAUGUGGGUUCUGCACCGCACUCCACCGCUCCUCACCUUUCUCCACUGCAUACUGUAUCAGGAGCCAGUCCUGCAUUGCUUGGAUCCUCCCCUCCGCAAGCACCCACUCACAUCCCCAGUUAG